CCCCCUCUUCCCCCCCCCCCAAGGAUCAGACGAUGAUAAACAACCCCACGAGCCAAAAGGAUUGUUAAGCGACGAGACACUGAGCUGAGGAGUGUAAUCGACUAACCCCCAUUAUCACUUCCCACCACCCAACUACCUCGGACCUCCCCCCCCCCCUUCCUCUUACAUACAUACAUCCCAUCCAUCCUCACCUAUCCGACCUUCCUUCUCUUUCAAUCUUCAAAUACUCGCCAACUCAUCAUACUGCGCCAAUUCGACCCGCCAAUCGACCUACCUGCCUCCGAGAAACCGCAUGAGAAAAGCACCAAGAGGCAAAAACAAAGCAAAACAAAACUGCGGCCCUCCGUCGAGAUUCGUUGGCCAUUAGGCGCAAAGGCGACAAACUCCCAUCACACCGCGGCCGACGAAUACCACUGAAGCCUGCGAACAAACGUUCAAAGACGCACCUCCUGCGCAACGUGGACAGCUUGUGAACGACCCCCCGGGAAUAUCGACAACAGCCACCACCGACCGACGAAACCACCACCCCCCCCCCCGUCACGCGCACAUAUGGAAGGCUCGGAGUACAUCUACAGUACCACAGUCCACCAUCUUCAAGGAGAAUCAGAAUCGGAUUCAGAUCUAUCAUCACACACCCACCGCACCGUCGACUCACUCAAUUGCAAAGAAUUAUACCACGGCAACGCCGGCGUCUACCGAUGCUGAAACCUUUAUUAUUGCCGCAGCUGGUGGAGGAGCGCAGGAAGCGGGAGACUCUGGUCGACGAGGAGCUCAACGUCUCACAGAGCUCUGGUAUCUACGAGCCGAGCACCCCCUCGGAUUGCCCCUCCUCCUCGCCAACCACGCCGACGUUAUCCAAGCGUGGCCAUGUCAGAUACGGCAGCUCCGUCUCGUCACUCGACAACUCAAUGCACUCGCCACUCACGGAGAUUCCGUCGUCGCCAACGUUCACGGCGAUGAAGACGAGCAAGCGCUCGUUGCCAGACGUGCAGGAGGAUCCGCUCGAGCGUGACGAGGAUCUCGACAUGUUUGACGACGACCUCCACGAUGUCUAUGACUGGUCUUGCGACGACAACCACCAUCGCCACCUUGAAAGCUCAAUGGGCCGGUCAUCCGUACAGCUAUCGACGAGACCAGACUUUGAGUACGACCUCGCCGACGGCAUCACCAGCGACACGGACCUGGGCCUGAGCAUCACCAAGAAGCGCCGCGCCGGCGACUCCCCCUUCAGCGCGAUCGCCAACCGCUUCGGCACUCGAUUCCCAGGUUUCACGCGCAAAUGGCGCGCCAGCAAGAGCUCAAACCCACUAUCCCUCUCCGAUCUCGACGGCGACCUCCGCGCCUCGCGCACCCAAUCGAGCAGGUCCUCCUCGGUCUCAAACGCCGUCAGCCACGGCGUAGCCGUCUCCUUCGGCGACAUCCAGAUGCCCCCCACGCCCGCCAUGAGCGAGUUCGACCGCCACGACUCGCCGUACCGCGACUCCACCCGGGACUCUGAGGAUUUCGAACGACCCCACUGCGACGACUCCGAGCGUCCCGUGGGCUUUGUCUCGACACCGCUCCUACCGCCAAUGAUGAUGGGCAGCAACUCCACCACCGACGCGGACGUCCCCUUACAAUCCCCGCUCGAGUCCCCCUCCGUCGCUGACCCGGCUGAGUACCUCAGCGGCGCCUGCACUCCCGCUACCAGCAUCGCUACGCCCGCACGCGGCAUGCCUUCCCCGCCGCUUUCUACAAAGCCAUCUAUGUCCUCCAUGCGCCGUACUCACACCAUCGCUCCUGUCCACCUGUGCACGUCGUCCUCCGACGCCCUACCGCUGGUCAUCGCAGACAUAGACGACAAAUGGUCCAACACCCUCGGCCACGCGAACUUCACCAUCCACCCCCCCCCCUACCUCCCCAUGCAGCCCGACCUCGAAGCCUGCCGCCAACUAAAGCGCGACUGGGACCUCGCCCGCUGCAACUACACCAAGCACCUCGUGCGCACCGGCGAGCACUACGGCGCCACCUCCAAGACCUACCUUUUGACCGAGGAGAAGUGGAAAGAAACCGACGACCUCUGGAGGGCGCACAAUGAUGCGACGAUCGAGGCGACGGCGGCGAGGGGGGGGGAUGCGUUUAGGAGUCUGAAGCAUAAGAGGGUUGGGGAGGAGGAGAAUGUGAUGACGAAGAUCCCGAGCUUGAAUGAUCCGAGGUGUGAGGGGAAGUUUCCGCAGUUGGGUGAUGAGGAUAUUGUUGGGCCGAUGGUGCAGGGGGUGGCGAGGAUGCAGAGGAGGAGGAGUAGGAGGAAGGAGUUGAGGAGGUUUUUUGCGGAGAAGUUUCCGGUGGGGUUUGGGAGGGGGUGAUUUAAUCCCUAAUUCUCUAAUUCUCUAAUUACUGCGAUAUAAGAGAGAGAGAGACGGAGGAAAGAGGAGGAGAAGAGGAGGAGGAGGAGAAGAGUCGGAGAAGAGGAAACAGACGGGAGACACACAGACGCACGACGCGACUUACAACUUUUGCGACCUUUAACUUUUAAUGAUACCAACGAACACGACAGACAGAUACACAACGCUCGUUCUUCUUCUUUUUACUUUUUAACACACUUACGUUCGUUCGAUACCCACACAUUCAUUUUUACACAACUACACUCACGACGAUACCCGCCUACAUAGGCACCCACACGGCGGUAGCCCAGCACAGCUACACGACACGCUUCUACAGCAAUAAGCAGCAAUGUUUUUUUAUUUUAGAUUUCAUUUGUUUUUGGUUAGUUUGGGAUAUAGAUAGACCUUGGAUUUUGGAUAUUGGGAAAAGUCCUAGGAAUGGCGCAGGAAAGACGGAACGGAACGGGACGUUUAGAGUACAUAGACGGAUGGGAGAAGGGGAGUUUUUUUUUGCGGGAUUGAAGAUGAAAGCAAGCGGGAGUAGGAGGCUUUUGGCGGCUGGUAUCCCAUUCCUGCAAGGGAGUGGGGGAGAGCGCAGUCAGGUUUUGGUGUUUGUUGCGGUGGCGGGUGGUUUUACUGUAUAAUGGGCGGGUUGAUUGUACAGUAUAGAGAGACAGACACUAAAGAGGGGUGAAUGGGAAAAGUUGAGA